AUGGCACCCAAACGUAGAUCAGCGUCUGCAAAGGAGCAAAAGAAACCAAACUCUUCAAACUCGCCUACCACAGAGAAAGUAGAUGUUGAUAUGCCUACCACAACCGAAGAAGCACCUCCAAUUCUCUUGGCAGCAGAAAUACCAAGCAAAAAAUGGCAAAAUUGGUGGAUCCGUACGAUUACUACAUUAAUCAUGAUUGCAGCAUUCUUCGUUGUUCUCGCAUCUGGUUAUAUUUGGUCCAUUGUUAUGGUGAUGAUCAUCACCGUACUGGUUUACAGAGAGGUUAUAUCGAUUGCAUACCACUCAGCGAAAGGUAAUCUGCGAUGGUUCAAGACAAUGAGCUGGUACUAUUUGAUCACAACCGAGUACUUCUUGUACGGCGAAUCCAUCAUUUACUACUUUAAAGAGAUUGUUAUGGUGGACGCGUUUCUCCUUCCAUUUGCUACCCAUCAUCGAUUCAUCAGUUUCAUUCUCUACGUCAUUGGGUUUGUAUUCUUUGUCAUGAACUUGAAGAAGGGACAAUACAGAUCUCAAAUGUCUCAAUUUGGCUGGACUCAUAUGGCCAUCUUUCUCAUUGUCUUCCAAGCUCACUUCAUUGUGGAUAAUAUCUUGGAGGGUUUGAUCUGGUUUGUAUUGCCUGCUGCACUAGUUGUCUGCAAUGACAUCUUUGCAUACGUUUGUGGGUUCUUUUGGGGCAAAACCCCUCUUAUUCAACUUAGUCCCAAAAAGACUGUUGAAGGAUUUGUUGGCGGCAUGUUCUUUACACUCAUCUUUGGUUUCCUUGCUACAACUCUUUUAAUGAGAUUUGAUUAUAUGACAUGUCCUGUUCAAGAUCUCGGUGCAUCUGCAUGGUCUAAUGUCUCUUGUGAACCCAAAAAUCCCGUAUUCACUGCUGCACCUUGGGAAAUGCCCUCGUUGUUCCGUUAUCUGAUCAAAUACACUACCACUGUGGAUGUUACAGAAGUAUGGAUUGCUCCUGUUCAAUUACAUGCCAUCGUCAUGGCAUGUUUUGCUUCAUUGAUUGCUCCUUUCGGUGGAUUCUUUGCCAGUGCAGUAAAGAGAGCUUUCAAGAUUAAGGAUUUUGGACACAGUAUUCCUGGACAUGGCGGAUUAACUGACAGAUGUGAUUGUCAGUUUUUGAUGGGCUUGUUUGCAUACAUGUAUUAUCAAAGCUUUAUCAAGAUGUAUAAUGUUUCUGUGGGAACCAUCUUGGCUCUGGUCGUCAAUAAUCUGUCAUCAAAGGAACAAGUUGAACUAUUAGAAAGACUUCAAACUUACUUGGCAAAUCAAGAUCACUUGGCUAGCCAAAUUGAGGCUGUCGUGUCAAAAGCUCAAAAUUUACUGUCUGGCACGGCUUAA